AUAAAAAUUCGCGUAACGAUUUCGUAAACAAUCACUCGUUGAAUAAAUGUAAAAUGUGUUUUUAGAUUUUCAAACCCAAACAAGGUAAACUUGAUUCGAAAAGUGCAUUUUAUACAGAAAAUACAUCGUCGUCAUCUCGGUACGAUGAAAUUUCUGCCAUUUAUCGCCAUCGUUUUACUAACAUCGUCAGUUUUGGCAAAUCAUCACAAAAAAUUCGAACAUGAAAAAAUUAAUUUGCGAGAAAUUGCAGCUGAAGUGAACUCAGAUCCUGCAAGUUUAUGGAAGGCAGACGCAUAUGGUUUUGACGAAGUCGCUGUGAGUGAAAUUGAAAAAAAAUUAGGGGCAAAAUUGAGCACAAAGGGCCAAUCAACGUCGAACAAACAUUCAAAAUCCAAAUUCAAAGGUCAGAAUAGACCUAAAUUAGGUGUGGGUACUGCUCUUCCCAGGUCGUACGACGUUCGACAAAGAUAUCCGAAUUGCAGCUCUGUUUCGCACAUACGAGAUCAAUCUUUCUGCGGCUCUUGUUGGGCCGUUUCCGCAGCUUCAGUAUUAAGCGAUAGAGUAUGCAUCCGUAGUAAGGGAAGAUAUAACUUUGAAUUAUCUUCUCGCUACAUACUGUCUUGCGAUAAAGACGACUACGGCUGUGAUGGUGGAUACCUGGAUUCAGUAUGGGAUUUUUUGGAAAGAGAAGGAACGGUAACGGGAGGUGAAUUUCAAACCGAUGAAGGUUGCCAACCUUACCCUCUUCAUCCCUGCGGCUGGCCGCGAAAAUUGGCAUGUCCCUGGUACCUUACGCCGAAAUGUUUGAAAACUAAAUGCGAUAAUGAAUGGUAUAAAACUCCCAAGGAAAAUCGCAUGUACAAAGUCAGAGAGUCAUAUUAUGUUGGCGACUUUUUUGGAUUAUUUAACGAAUACUACAUCCGAGAUGAAAUCUUCCACAAUGGCCCAGUUCAAGCAGGCUUCUACGUGUAUGCAGACUUCGUAGCAUAUAAAUCAGGUAUAUACUACCACACGAAAAGAUCCCAGUUUUUGGGAGGACAUGCAGUCAAAAUCAUCGGAUGGGGAGAAGAAAAAGGAGUCAAGUACUGGAUAAUUGCUAAUUCAUGGGGCGAAUCUUGGGGUGAGAAUGGAACAUUUAGAAUGAUACGAGGAGAAGACAACUGUGGAAUAGAAGACGAAGUUUAUGCUGGUAUUCCAGCACUCUAAUUUGUUUAUACGAAAUGCAUAUUGAAUAGCGGAGUAUGUAAUGCUGAUAUAACAACAUGCGUGUAUCUAUUGGUAUCGUUCAAUUUACAAGAUAUUUUAUUUUAUUAAUCAUUAAAAUGUUUUCUUGUUUGACUGCGUAA